AUUAUGUCACGUGAUAAUUGGACAAAAUACAAAAUCGCACAGGCGCUAUGCGCUAUACGCUCGAAUUGAAACCAUAGACGCUAUCUGCACGGUAACGAACGAAAAUCUGGCGAUCAAGAAUUUGAAGUGUCGAGAUGGCGGGGAUUAAAUUCCCAUUUUCUUGUUCAGUCGAACAUUUUUGGAUAACAUAAUUGAGGAUUAUCAUUGAGAAUUUAUUUGAGAAUAUUCUUGGAGUCUGAUUUUCCCCAGGUAUGGACACCUAGAGAGGAAACAUGCCUGGACGAUCAACAUCCUCUCGUGCCAGCCGGUCAGUCCGGUCAUCAAGACCCUCUACAGGGUCAUCCAAACGGCCCCACAAGAGACCGCCCCUCCCGAUGCCUGUCAACAACAAAAACUGGCCCAAAUCAUUUGGUUUUACCAUCGGAGGUGAUGCCCCUACUUAUAUUCUUUCCGUGGAACCGAACAGCCAUGCUCAUGCUGCCGGGCUCCAGCCUGGAGACCAACUGGUUGAACUGAACAACCAUAGCAUCCUUCACUUGGGUGCAGACUCUAUCAUGACCCUUGCAAGACGGUGUCCGGAAGUGCCUCCGAGCAUCGUCGUGGUCUCCUGCGUCAAGACGUGCGAAAUCUACCGCAAUCGAAAUGGCCAUUUUGGAUUGACACUCAUAGGAGGUGGUCCCGUGUACGUGGAGGUCGUCGAACAAGGCGGCCCCGCGAUGAAUUGUGGGUUGAAAGCGGGAGACAUGGUGUUAGAAAUCAACGGACUUCCCAUCAAGCACUCUGAUGAUGCUAAGUUGUUUGUGAGGGGAGCGGCUAAGUUGAAAAUGGUGAUCAUUCCAGGUGCUGGACACCACUCAGUGAAGAAGAUUGCCGAACGGUUUGAAGCACACGCUCAGGACAGGAAAAAUAAAGCGGAUGGAUUUUUCAGAAAGCUUGAUGCAGUGUUUUACAAUGACCCAUUAAAGAAGGAGACUUUACUUGCAUUACUCAAGCGAUAUGCAAAGGACAAGAAAGUGGAUGCCUUUGGUAGAGCACUGGCUGGUCUCCUUGAUGCACCUACAGAAAGGAAACUAUUUGAAGAUAUCAGGAUUUUUGUUCCACCCAAACACCGAGAUCGAUUUGAUUUUCUGGUUACAAAGGAUGAACCUGCCAGGGGAAAGAGGAUUGUGACAGUCAAUCGAGCUGGAGGAUCAUUUGGUUUUGUUCUUGCUGGUGAUAACCCUGUAAUCAUAGAGACUAUUGAUAGAGGUGGUGCUGCUGAGAGAGCCGGUCUGCGUACAGGAGACCGUAUCAUGAGACUCAAUGGUCUCAAUGUUCGUAAGAAGACCCAUGAUGAGCUAGUAGAGCUCUUAAAGGGGAGCGGAUCCACACCCACAUUGGUGGUAGAGACCGGUCCUGCUGGUCCCUCCUCAGCCCAUUCUGUUGCCAGUGCUAGUAUGGUAUCAAGUAGUGUUCUGAGCACCACACAGACCAGUGACAUCACCUCCAUCGCAGGUUGGUUGUCGGAAUCGGGAACCAGUCGAGCCUCAACAACCGUCUACGAUGGUGACAGUAUUAUCGGCCUCAAGCCUCUCUCAAAGAUGGACCUGCAUUCACUGGGAAGAACUUUCAAGGAAAUGAUGGAACACCAUCUUACACCUGAUGAGCGGAAAGUAAUCAAGAAAUGCCUUAGAGAUUACCAUCAUACAAGGAACAUUGAUGGGUUGAUUGUUGAGGUCUUUCCAAUCCUUGACACCAACGCUAAGAGGACUAUCUGGCCAUACAUCAUCCACAUCCUCCCUGAUGAUGUCCAGGAGAAAUGCAAGAAGAAAGUCAUAUAUCUCAUCGAUAGGCAUGCUGGCGAUGCUGUUUACAAGCACAAGGGAAGCCCUCUGCACCCUGACGAAGAGGUGCCAUUCAGAGCCAAGUCCAGGAACCACAACCGAGCAGCAAGCUAUGACAUCACUCCCUCGUACGGUGAUGUUGUGUUUGGCGCCCCUGGAGAGUUUGAACCAGGAGAAGCAGCUUACAUGUUCCAGCAGGAGCGGAGGAGAAGGAUGCGUCGGCAUCGAUCCCUCGGCCAUCUUGGAUAUUCUGGUGAGCCACAGUUGAUAAGCAAACGUUGGACAGAUCCUUCUUACGAUGGGAAUUACCCUCCUGCUAUGGUCAGCUCAGUUGACGAUUAUGAGAUGCUCAGACAUCGGAGUAGGGGGUCAGUGGAUGGUUCCAUGAUGGGAGACGACUACAGCACGUUUCCACGCAGGAUGCGACAGCGACAUCGGAGCCAGCCGGACCUCCGCAGGUUCAUCGACGAUGAUGACGACGAUGAGUCAGAUAUAUUCCCCAUACCACGAAGAAUGGAUAGGAGAUUUGUAUCAGAGCGAAAUCUUCAUGCCAUUUAUCUACCUGAGAGCGAUACAGAUUUUGACGAGGAAGAUGAUCUGGUGCCGGACGAGCGCUUGUUUUAUCCCCGCAACAGGUCAUAUUCUCGGCAGCACCGCCCUCCAGGAGAGCGGUUCAACACCUUUCAUUCUCUCCCCUCCGGCCGUCGACGAUCACAGCUCUCACAGGAGACUUUUUUAUCUAAUACGGGGGGCUUUGAGCACAGGGAAGUGGGUUCAUUCGUGAGGAACCCAUUAUCAGUUGUUGCUGACCUCGUGUCAGAUGAAGAGGGCGCCGUGGCGUCCCUUCGUGGCAGCAGCCAGUCCCGAUCAAAAUCAGUGCCAAGGUCCUCCAGGUCAACCCAAGAAAAUGGUCGCGCUCCCAACGAGAGCGUCAACAACAACAAUAACUCGCGAAACAACAGCAAGUUCUCCCCGCCCAUGUCUCCAUCGGGAGGCUUUUCCCAUUCCACUCCAGUGACUGACCGGAGAGAGUUGGAUGAGGUAGGGAGCUUAGAUGCUUACCAUGAUGGAAGGCAGCGGUCACACUCUAGGAAUCGACAGCGUCAUCAUCAUCACGAUGAUAACUGGUCAUUUCCAGAUAUGCAGACACCUUCAAACACCAGUGAACGCAACCACUCCAACCGCAGCUCCGUAAGCCACGCCUCCAGCCCGCCCCUCUCUGAUAAGAGCAUCCAAGAGCGUAUGGAUGAUCUGAUUCGAAGUGCACAACAGAGCCAACAUAGUCCGCCCCGCCCUGACCCAUCCCCUGUUAUACCCCUCCCACAGGAUGAGCACAAUGGAUCACUGGAAUCUACCAUGAUCAAUGGAGAUGAUGAAGAAGAUGGUUCAUCGUCACAGCAGAGCAUGGAGGCACGAUCCCCUACCUCCAUGGUGCCCCCGCCCCCUCCCAUGCCCCCACCCCCUCCCCCUAUCCCUCCACCACCCCCUCCCAUCCCAGGGGAUAUGAAUAAUAACUGGACGAGGGAAGGAAAGAUGUCCGUCAAGCGACUCAAUUGGGAGAAGCUGCAGGACACAGAAAACACAGUCUGGAGUGGGCUUGGAGAUGAGGUUGGCUACUUUGAUGAUGUCAUCAAGCAUCUAGAGCUUGAGGAGAAGUUCAGUACGGUCAGCAAGGGUAAAGAUGGAAAACCACUGAAAGGCGGAAAGCUAGCCAUAACCAGUCCAAGAGAUAGAAAGAAUCAGAUAUUUGUGAUCAACCACAAGAAAGCACAUAACACAGCUAUCUUGCUUGGUCAUCUGAGAGCCCCAGUGGAAGAGCUAAAGAAAGACAUUCUUACCAUGGAAUGCAGACGACUCUCUGUUGCCCACAUCCAGCAGCUUGCACAAUAUGCACCUGAUAGAGAUGAGGUUGAUAGCUUAGCUCGUCAUGCAGGCCAGGCAGCGCAGCUCAGUGAACCAGAUAAAUUUGCAUAUGAGUUAAGUAGAGUUCCUGGCUUCAAGCUUCGCCUCUCAGCGCUGAUGUUUAAAGCUGGUUUUCAUGAGAAGGUUGAUGAGUUGGUAGGCUACCUGAAUAUCAUCGCACAAGCCUCUGCGGAACUCAGACAAAGCCAGAAACUAGCCAAAGUUCUUGAACUCGUUCUUGCCAUGGGUAAUUAUAUGAACCAGGGCAACCAGAGGGUUGCCGGGGCAACAGGAUUCAAGAUCAGCUUCCUAACUGAGUUGGAUACAACAAAGACAUCGGACAACAAAGCCACCUUCCUCCAUGUUGUAGCCAAGGCUGUCCAUUCCAACGUUCCUGAAGUGAUCAACUUCCGUGAUGAGAUUCCAUCGGUGCCCAAGGCCGUUAAGAUGUCUCUCAAGGCGGUGAAGGAUGAGCUUACUCAGCUGACGGAUCAACUCAAUGACAUGGAUCGUGAGGUAGAGCGUUUUAACCAGGAGGAGAUCAUCGUUGAUGAGGACGACCGUUUCUCAGAAGUCAUGGCCACCUUUCUGAAGGAAGCCACGGAGCACCUCUCCACACUCCAUGAACAGUACGCCCUAUGUUGUGAUGACUUCUACAAGACUGCGCAGUUCUUUGGUGAAGAUCCGGGGAGUACUGAGAGCGCAACCUUUUUCAGUAUCUUCUCACUCUUUAUCACCAAGUUUGCUAAAGCUCAUGCAGACAACAUGCAAAGGCCUUCAUGACAACGAAACAAACAUCAAUCUUUUGUCAGCAACUUCCCAACAUCAAUGACGUAUAUGAAAAUAGAGCAUGCAAAGUAAUUAAGCAACUAAUCCAGUAUUCUUGAUGGCGUAUGUUUUCCUUUGAAAGGGGAGGAGGUAUUCUUCCUAAAAUUGCCAAGUGUGUAAAUUAUUUACAAUUUUCAACUUAUGUCAGAAGCAGCAAGUUUUGCUGGUAAAUUGCCAACUCGUCCACUCAUCACAAGGUCUGCCUUCAUUUAGUCUUAUGCCAUUCUAUCAAUCAACAUUUCGUCUAACAACCAUUUGGU